AUGUCUGGAAACGCCGACUCAAACACAAGCCCCGGCCAAAUCGCUGCCGACUCUGGAACAUGGCCAAACGCCGCUGAUACCACUGCCUUCGACCCGAGCAACGUCAACUUGACAGCUGUGGUGGAGCAAGGUCUCCUGCGGCAAGUCACUUGCUAUCUGAACGCUGGUGGAAAUGAGUACAAUGGCAUGCUGGGAGCACGCAUCUCCGCCCUCUUCGUCGUUCUGGUCGUCUCUUCUGCAACCACUUUCUUCCCGGUGCUGGUCACGCGAUCGAAAAAGCUACGAGUGCCGCUUUAUGUAUACCUCUUCGCGCGUUACUUUGGCGCUGGUGUCAUCAUAGCCACUGCAUUCAUUCACCUGCUCGACCCUGCCUACGAGGAGAUCGGGCCGGCGUCAUGCGUCGGUAUGACUGGAGGAUGGGCAGAAUUCUCUUGGGUCCCAGCUCUUGCGCUUACCUCAGGCAUGUUGGUAUUCCUGAUGGACUUCUACGCCGAUCGCUACGUCGAGAAGAAGUACGGCUUCAAGCACGGAACCAGUGCAAACCACGGCCAAGCUCCCAUCCGUACUGGCUCGGUGGACGCUGCUAUGAUGGCUAGCAAGAACAACGGUGAUGUCUUCUUCCAUGAGAAAUAUGACGAGUCUGUGAUUCUGGAGAGAUCCUUCAGACAACAGAUCGCCGCUUUCUUGAUCCUCGAAUUUGGUGUCAUCUUCCACUCGGCCAUCAUUGGUCUUACUCUCGGAACUGCUGGUGACGAAUUCUCGGUGCUCUACCCGGUCAUCGUCUUCCACCAGUCUUUCGAAGGUCUGGGUAUUGGCGCUCGUCUCUCGGCUAUCCCAUUCCCAAAGCAUCUAAAGUCCAUGCCAUACCUGCUGUGUGCUGCCUAUGGCUUGACCACGCCGAUCGCGAUCGCAGUUGGCCUCGGUCUGCGCACCACAUACAACUCAGCCUCCCCGACCGCGAACAUUGUCUCUGGCGUUCUCGACUCCAUUUCCGCCGGUAUUUUGCUCUACACCGGAUUCGUCGAGCUUCUUGCACGCGACUUCCUGUUCAACCCAGAUCGCACCGAUGACGACAAGCAGCUGACAUUCAUGAUCAUUUCUGUUCUCCUUGGAGCAGGUAUCAUGGCUCUGCUCGGCAAGUGGGCGUAA